ACAAUCGAACUUAAUUUUAACCGAUUCAAACCCGAGCCGAAUGCACAGCUCGAGCGACGGCAAAUACAGGAUAAGGUUAUUUGGAAAAGCAGGUGAAAGCAGAGAAGAAAAAUCAGAGGUUAAUCAUCUCAUCUAUGGAGUCUCUAAGUUUAAAAUCAUGGGUCAACCUAAAUCCUUGCUAUCAGUACAACAAUGGUGUUUACAGACAUGGAAGGAGGAAGAGUAAAGUGGGAAUACAAGUAGUUUCUGCUCUUUCUUACCAAAAAUUUAUAGACUUUGCUUUGGAUGAAGCUAAAUCUCAUAUCCAUCUUUUUCCUUCUCCUUUAAAGGAAAAGUUCAACCAAAUUCAAGCUAUAGAUGGAAAAACAAAGCUCAAAUUUCUAUCUUUUGAAGACUCUAAAAUAAGAUUAUUUCGCAGUAUGCACAUUGAUGGAGGUGAUGCAUUGCAGGUGUUGGACUUUGGCAUCUUUCCAAAGGUUGCUUUUGACUUGCCUAUCUUUUGUGCCAAUUUUUUCUCCACCUCGUCAAUGAACAUAAUUGUAUUGGAUCUCAAUCCUUUACAUAAUGUCAUCACAAACCGAGAGUACAAAGAGAAGUAUUACCAAAGUUUGAUUCCUCUCGGCAUUAAGUAUGCUGAAAUUUUACCUUGGGGAGGAAAGCUUACGGGUGAAUCUUUGAGAUUCUUCUCACCCAUAGUAAUAUGGACAAGAUUUACUUCGAGCCAAGACAAGUACGAUGUUUUGUUUGAUGCAUUCUGCGACUAUUAUAAGGCAUGGCUUAACUUGAUGGAACAGGCAGUGGAGGAGACUGCAGCUGCUCAAAUUAUGCUCAAUAAUGAAGCACAACACAAAUACUUGACAUGGAGAGCAGAAAAAGAUCCAGGGCAUCAGCUGCUGACGAAGUUGAUUGGCGAAGUGAAAGCAAGAGAUGUGCUGUGGGGCUUUUUAUUCAACGGAGUUGAUGAACUAGCUGAUAAAACGUUUCUGGACUACUUUCCGGAGUACAGGCUUGAAGAUGGAACCGUAAAUGUGAAGCGCAGUGUUGUCGGAAAAUCCUUUGAGAACCGGCCAUGGGAUAGUAAUGGAGAGUUCAUUGCUAAUUUAUAGCCUCAAAGGCGCAAACUUAAAUCGUAAAUAAGCUUGGUGUGUCAGUGACAUUCGAUUAAGGGGCAAAUCGAUGCGCAAGCUUAAAUGGUGAAUAAGUUUGGCGUGUAGGUGAGAUUCGAUUAAGGGGAAAAUUGAGGCGCAAACUUAAAUGGUAAAUAAGUGUGACGUGCAAGUGACAAAUUUAUCGAUUAAGGGACAAAUCAACCCCAUAGGUUUUCAAUGUAGCAACUUAGUAUAAGGGUUUAGUUAUUUGUGUAAUUAUAUAUUAUACAUCAAUUGUAAUUUUUGAGUAAAAAUUCUUUGGGAUCAUAAUUUUACUCAUGAAAAAAAAACAGAUCUUCAUGUUUGAAAUAUUA